AUGAGAAUGAUGAGACUUCUAGCGACUGCUCGAUCAGCUCUACUAGUAUGGGCCCUGCUCUUGUCGGAUGCACCAAGCGUCCAUGGACACGGAUCCCUUCGAUCGUUGCAGGCCAAUUCGACCAGUGAUGACGGCAAUGCUACCGACUCCAAUAAUGAUGCUCCAACUAUGACUCCGAUCCCUUUCAAUGAUCUCUGCAUCAACGCUGAAGGACCUGUCCCUGUCACAAAGCGCCUCUUUGACAACAGCAAUGAUGUGAAUAAUGCAACGGGUGUGAUGGCGGGCACGACGGUGGGUGCCACCCGGGCCGACCAAGAAACCUUCAAUCGAUGUGCCGGAAUUUCCUUUACGGGUGUGGGAGUGUGGUACUAUGUGUUUGGAACGGGAUCGAUACUCACGGCAUCUACCUGUUGGCCAGGAACAGACCUGGAUACCAAACUAUCCAUCUUUUCCGGACCAAACUGCACAUCCCUCGUCUGUACCCAAGGAAAUGAUGAUGCCAGCACCACAAUAAGAGGAGCCUGUCAACACAACCGACUUGCCAGUCGAGCUAGUUGGGACACACAAAUCAAUCAGCUAUACUACAUUUUGGUUCAUGGAUUCAACAAUCGGGUCGGAAACUUUGAAUUGAGUGUGGAAUCCAACAAUGAUCGAUGCGACAAAGCCAUUGCACUCUCACCCGGUGAUUCUAUUCGAGGCGAUUCCCGAGGAGCCCUCACUCCGUUUCCAGGAACCAUCAACCGUUGCAAAGAAGGUGGUGGAUUGGUAGGAGAAGGACCGUCUCUCUGGUACACCGUGAUGGGAUCCGGUUCCAAACUACAAGCGACCACCUGCACCGACAGCGGUCAAGAUGUCAGCAGGACCUUUAAAAUUCACGUCUUUGAAAGCACUUGUGGCGAUUCCGAUUCUUGCAUUGGAGGUCACAGUCCCACGUCUGGUUGCAGUAGGUAUGAAUGGGACGCCGAGGAUGGAACGGAAUACUACAUUUUGGUGCACGCAUUUACGGCAUCAUUUUCGGGGGUGUUUGACUUGACAAUAUCCGAAGCGUAA